CUUUUGGGUUCAACGCAAGGUGUUUGACACGACUGAGCAACUGUGGGCAUGGCUGUCUUCCUCGAAAGAGUUGGGCUUUGAUACGAUGGGCCCGCCGCCUGGUCAUGAAGAUGUCAAAGAUGAUACUAUCAAAGAUGGAAACAAGGAAAAAGAACGUGUGGGACGAUCUCGUGUUCAAGAUAAACAUGAUGGAGGAAGAACUUCGAUGGAAAAUAUCAAAGAGGUCACUUUGAGUAGUCCAUCUCCGCUAACUGGGAUUUCAACGACACUAUCGCCGACAGGUGGAACAGCAUCCUCUUCUGUCUCCGGCACGGGAGGAACUGCUAGCAACAAUAAAGAAGGAACAACAACUUCAAGUUCAACUACGAACAAAGACCCUAUUUUAGUUGAAAAAGUCUUUCAGAUAAAGUCAGCCUUGGCCCUGAUAGCGGCACCACCGGUAUGGGGUUUGCCAACAGCGCAAACUACGCAAGAGGGACACCCACAUCCACUGGGAGAUAUUUUCAAAAACACGUCUUCCACCUCGUCAGGAGGAGGAAGUGAGAUUAACCAUAAUAUCAGAAAUCACCACGAAAACGCAAAGCUGAUCGAUGAAAGCUCCUCCUACGGUCGGGCGGCAACCUCCAAGGAGAAGGACAGCAGGCCUUUUUCCUUCGCUCGUUGGCCCGGAUUGACGGUACAUUUCGCACCCCUGUGGCACUGGACGAUGAGUCACGCUUUUGUCGACCACUUGUGGCCGGCUUUUG